AUGGCCCAUGGUCCACACGAAGCCAAAGAUGUUGAUCAAGAGGCACUGGAGCUUCUUGAAGGACGAAUGUUUGAGAUAUCACAAGCAGCAGGCAGAGCAGGAUACUACCAGUGGGGACUGGACGCAGGGCAUCAUCAAGAUGACUGGGAGCCGUACAAGGACUUGCGCUCUAUGUGGAACCAUUAUGACGCCGAGUUCAGUGAGUCGGAAUUGCAGACAGGCCCUGAAUACACCGCGUUCGAAGCCCCUCCACCUCCUGCGGAGGCGAUGUCACUCAUUCCUGCUAAGCGGCGCCCGGUUCCUGUACCAGCGUACAGAGGGGCAAAGGCUGCGAAGAAGAGGAGAUAG